CCCCCUGCCGGCAUUCGGCGGCGGCGGCGAGACUGAGCGCUUCUCCAGGGCGGCAGCUUCUGCUGAGCUCUGUGUUGGGGGGAGGUUUGUCCUACUGCGGCGUUAGGGAGGACGCGAGCAGCGGCGGUCGCAGCAGGCAGGGAGGCAGGCGGACGCCCCCCGGCGUGCGGAGCGCGAUGAAGAUGAUGAGCUCCCCUUGGGCUCGCUUUUACUCCAACAGCUGCUGCCUGUGCUGCCAUGUCCGCACCGGGACGAUCAUCCUUGGGGUUUGGUACCUGAUCAUCAACUCAGUGGUAUUGCUGAUUGUACUGAGUGCCCUGACAGAUCCUGGCCAGUACCACUUGACGACUACUGAAUUAGGGGGCGACUUUGAAUUUAUGGAUGAUGCCAAUAUGUGCAUUGCCACCGCAAUCUCUCUUCUCAUGAUUCUCAUCUGUGCAAUGGCUACGUAUGGGGCAUAUAAGCAACAUGCAGCCUGGAUCAUCCCGUUCUUCUGCUACCAAAUCUUUGAUUUUGCACUCAAUACCUUAGUGGCUAUCAGCGUACUUAUUUAUCCGAACACAAUUCAGGAUUACUUACGACAACUGCCUGCCAACUUUCCCUACAAAGAAGAGAUUAUGUCCGUAAAUUCCACUUGCCUAGUUGUGAUUAUUCUUUUUUUUAUAAGUAUCAUUUUAGCUUUCAAGGCUUACCUGAUCAGUUGUGUGUGGAAUUGUUAUCGAUACAUCAAUAACAGAAACAGCUCUGAUGUGCUUGUCUAUAUUACCACUAAUGAUACAGCGGUGCUGUUGCCCCCAUACGAUGAUCCUACAAACGGCACUGCUGCUAAGGAUCCGCCACCACCUUACGUGUCAGCAUAAGCAGAGCAUGCAAAGUGUACCUAAGGAACAAAUAGCUUUACUUUUCAAACAUCUGAGCAAUAGAUUUUUUUUUCAUUUCUUGGACAGAUAUAUAAACUGCAAAUAUUUAUUUAUUGCUGUUUUGCCGUAGAUACAUUUUAAACACAUUAUUUGCCUAACAAAGUGUUGAAUUGGCUUGAGAACCAUUUUUAGUUAGCAUAGUCUUCUCAUAAGUUGGUUUUGUCACACCUUGUCAUCCAAUUCUAGACAAAAUAGAUAUAUAUAUAUAUAUAUACACUUAGCAACUCUUAACAUGUGGACCGGGAUGGGUUUUUGGGGUGUGUGUGUGUGUGUUUUGUUCGGUUUUUUUUUGCUAUUUCUAAAGCUUCCCAAUCAAUAGGAACAGGUGUCAGAAAUGGUCCUUUAUGCUACCAGCUGUUGCUCAUUUGUCAAAACAAGAAGAUGUGCUCAGAUAGGAAACCCACUUUAUUGCAAACAGCAAUUAAAAAAAUUAAAUACAUGCUGCUUGCUACUUCGAGCCCAUUGCCCUCUUUAUUCUUCCUUCCGUCUUGCUGGGGCUUUGGUGGAAUUUUCUGGGGCCCUGGACCCUCAUUCAGAACAUCUAUCCAAACCUAAAUCCUCCAAGGUUGGCUUGUUCUGUUGGGAUGUUGCAAAUAUUGCAUUACAGGUUCUUCCAUUAUUCUCUGGGGUGCAGCAGCUCUUCUUGGCAAAGAGGGAAUCCAGUGUAAAUCUCUGCUCCCCAUCUGCAAUAAGAGCACUUCACGCAUGCUGCUUUUAGGAAGUGUGGUAUUUUUAUAACAGAUACACCCUCCGGGACAUCUUGUCUGCAGUGGCAAACAUGUUUACCUAAUGUGUGAAGGAACCCUUGAAGGUAUCAAGGGAAGCCGAAACAGAAGGUCCUUCACACAUACAAAUUGUAUACAACCUGUCCUUCUCAUCUGAAAUGGGAAAUUGUAUAUUUCAAUGUAUUUAGAUGGUCAGUACCCUUAUUAAUUGCUAAAAUACUGUUAUGGCAAGGGAAUUUUGUAAGUGGAAAAGGAGCAUAGCCCCCAAUCUACUCCUGAAUCGGUGUUCAUGUUUCACAUGUGAAUGUGGUUUGUUUUUAACACUGCCAAAUUUCUGGCAAUGCCUUCUUAUAUAAUCCCAUCCAGCAUUUGCUAACAAUGGGAUCAAGCCAGGCUAAGCUAAGCACUUUUAAAUCCCACUGAUUUCACAGUCCAGCAUGGGCUUCAAUCUUUCCAAAAGGCAGUUUUCUAAAUGAUUAGCUUUGUGUAACUGCUGAUCAGACUGGGGUGUCUUUUUUCUUAAAGAUUAUGCCAUGCGUUCUUUGAGUCGUAAAGUGUAGACGAAAUAAUAAGUACCCCUUGGUACCUAAAACUGUGGAAGUCCCCACCCAUGGGAGCUUAUUUGCUGUAGGGCCAGGCGCAACUUUAUGCAUGUACUGAGAUGAACCCUGUCUUCCUGUUACAUCUUUGGGCAUAGAACUCUCUGUUACAUUCUGGCAGGAAAAAAAUAUGUACACACACACAUAUAUAUGCUGAUAUCUGCUUUAGUGUGCGAUAACUAGGUUAUUUUGUUUGCAUUCAAAAUUGCUCUUAAAAGUAUUCACUUCUUAUUGCCCGGGCUUGUUGUUAAUAAUAUUGAGCAUUUUUAUAGCACUACAAAGAACUCUUCACCUAUGUUGUUUUGCUGUGUAUCCUUAUGACAAUCCAUUAAAUCGGUCAGUGUAUUUAUAUACUGUCUACUGUAGGUAGGAGCUUGAGCCUAACAAAUAAUAAUGUGCUUAAGAUUUUCUAGUGAAUGGCAGUGGCAAAAUUCAAACUCAGGAUUUCUCAAUCAUUAGUUCAGACUUUUACUCCCUGUGCUAUACCUGCUCCCUGUUAAUUUAUGAAUGUGUAAAGUAGUCCCUUUGAACAAUAACAGUGCCUCUUGCAUGCUUAAGUGUGGUAUUUGGGUUUUUUUCAAUCUUCUGAUAACAUUAUAUUUAUUAUAAUAUGAAAAUAUUUGUUUUGAACCUCUCGUUUCUUUAAAAACACCUUUUGGAUGAUGGUGGUGGGGAGAACGUUCUAGUUCUUUUGAUUCUACACAAACAGUGCUGGCCUUAAACAUUUUGACUCCUGAUGCAAUUACAGCAAAAUAAUAUGCCACCCACUGCCUGGGACCAAGCUCGUUUUCCUUUUUAAGCUCUCUGGAGAGGUGGAGAUGUACAGGCAGUACAAUAAUGGCAAGCCACAAAAUCUACUACCAGAACCAACUGCUUUUUAUUGGCACGUGGAAAGCCAGCUUUGUGCAAACAACAUUUUGCAGAUGAGGGGAAUUGCUACUUGGAAAUAUUUGAGAACUGGAUCACUCAAAUGCCCCCUUGGGAUAUCCACUCUGCAUUCUAAAUUAUGGUGUAGACAUCUUCCCUAAAGCACUAACUCUGCUCCAGGGGAGGGCGAAUGCCAGAUUUCCACAGCACAGCUGCAGACUGUGGUCCUGGCUGAAUAGAUCAAUUUAUUAAAAGUCACAGCUUUUUUUAAAAAAAGUAUCUAGCCUUUAUGGUUGUGAAAAACUAUCCUACCCAAAGGAAUGGGGUUUCAUGCGGGGUCUUUAUUAAGACCAGAGUUGUUUAAUCCGUGACCAGGAAUUGGGAGGGCAAUAAAAUGUAUCAAGUGAUUCGAUUUGGGGAGGGGGGAAUCCUAACUCUAUGCGGAUGGAAGAUGAACUGAUGGUCACCAACUAGGAAAGAGAUCUUGGCAUCAAGGAGAGAAGCUCAGUAAGAAUGUCAGCUCUGUGGCAGUGGUGAAAAUGGAGAGUUCAGCACUAGGGACCAUUAGGAAAGAGGUUGAAAAGAAGGCAGUACUGUAUUACCCUGGAAUAGGUCCAUAAUGCAAAUGGGAUUUGAAAUACUGCAUACCUUCAUUAACCUUACACCUGAGAUGGAUACUGUACAGGUGGGAAAGAGUAACCAAGGAUUGGAAAACCAUCUCUAUAAAGAGAAGCUACAAAAGCUUUUCAGUUCAGAAAGAAGAGAAACAGUGCGAUCCUGGUCAGAUUUGCUCCAGUCUAAUCAAACUAUAAGCGUGAGGGAUAAAUAGAACUUUCAUGUUCCAAGGUCAUACCUCUUUAAAUGCCAUGUGCUACAUGGUAGUAGUGGAGGGAUGGCAUUGGCCCCUUGUAGACAUUGUAAACAUGUUGCAUAUGUCUAUCCACUGUAGGGAAAAACAAUGCUGGUCUAGAGGGACUGUUGAGCUAAUAGAUCAGGGUUCUUGUAUUCUCGUUGCUUCUGAGCUUUUGCUCUUCCUUGUGAUUAAAGCAAGCUGUAGCAAAUAAAUUAUGCAAAAUGAUAGCAGCCUAAUUUCCAUAAUUCCCACCAUCUGGAGUCUAGCUUGUCUUAGCUUUCCCUGGUGCUGAAAUUUGGUUACCAUUUUUUCACUGUGGAAUAAGCACUGCUCUGUUUAAAGACCAAUAACUUCAUAUUGAAAGUAUCCGAGUGAACUAACAAGAUAAACAAUGUAGUAUAGUGACGAGUGUCAAGGAGCCCCAGGUUCAAAUCCAGACUUGACCAUUUCAUUCACCAGGUAACCAGGGGCUAGUCACUGUCUCUCACUGUAGCCAGCCUCACAGGGUUGAGGGAUACAAUGAGAAGCCAGUCAAGUAGGUAUGAUACCCUUGAGUUCCGUGGAGGGAUUUUAAAAAAGUAUAAACAAUUCCUGCCAUUCGGAAUGCUGCUGUUUUGUGCAGCACAUGAGGGAAAGAAGGCCUUCACACCACCUCAUGCGCUUUGGAGCACCCUGUGCAAAAGUCAUUCUACACAUUUGCGGGACAGUUUGUCUGACUGAAGGAUGUACAGGGAAUCUAUCUGCCUAACAGCUCCAUUUCAUCCAUUUAUAGUCCAAUUGUCACCUGUAAUCAAAGGUACAACUUUCUGAGCCCAUCGCUGGUUUUGCUUAGUGAGUUCCAGAAGAUGCUCGAAAGGGUUGUGAGGAAUUGUCAUAAUGGUCCCAUGGACAAAGAAGUGGAGGUGCUGGGGUAACUCACCCUCUAGCCUAGGUCACUGAUAGAAAGGGCUAUGGGUGGGGCUGAGUUGUAAGUGUCCCCCAUAGCUUUUAUGGCAUGAUAAUAAUUUGAUAAAACUCAGCUGGUCGAAUAAUGUUUCCCGAGUUCGUUGCGAAAAUCAAUGCAUUCUCUUGUAACUUCCUUGCUGCACAUUUUUGUGGGACAGUAAUUAUGCUGUCUGGAGUAGACCUAAACACUUUUAAAUUGUAGGGUUUUCUUUCGACUGGAAUGGAUGGGAUACCAUGUAGGUAUUUGUUCCUUUUUCUCUACUUGAUUUUGUGGAAUUCUUUAAAAAAUCGAUAUGAAGUUAAGUAUGUGUACAUAUUUCUCGUUCAAAUCUGUGUAAACAAAUUAUAAUAAAAGGGACAUUUCCUCAUGCAUGUGGA